AUGGGUUCAUGUGCUUCCAAGUCAGCUCUUGAGCAUCGUCGGACGGAGAGGCACUACACAACAAGGAGGGGCAGAAGAGGGCGCAGCAAUCCCCGGACAGUGAUGCCGGAUGGGCCCAAACCACGAAUUGUGGAUGCAAGAGGGCGCACCACUGACUUCUCGAUGAGUGAGAUAGUCCAUGUUGAGUCAGCGCGCAAGUCGGAUCAUUCCAAGACGUUCCAACUCACCCAGAUGGAGUGGCACCACAGCGAGCGAGAUUCCAGUGGUUGCUGCAAAGAAGACGCCUGGUUCGACUCUGUUAGCAUCCUUGACGACGAUUCUGAUGAGGAGGAAUUCAAGAGCUUAGAUGGAGAUUUUUCCGAUGAUGAAGAAGAAGAUGAGGAGCAGAAUAAGCGAGAGAAGGCAUCACGUUUUGCUGAUGCUCUCUCCCGCAUCGUCGAAUUAUGGCGGGGUGUCCCCAUGACAUUGUCAAUUGAACAAUAUCUGAAAAGAGAUGAUGGUGGUGAUGAUCCUGCACAUAGGAGCCAAAGCAUGGAAAUAUGUGCCAACAAGUGUAUGGCAAGUUCCAAGGAGAAAAAUGAUGUAGAGGACAAGAACGACAAGGAUCCUAGCACCCCGUCUCGCAUACGCAAGCUGCUACAUUCCAUCAGUUUCAAUGAAAAGAUGCAACAACUCACCUGUGUCAGUCCGGCGAAGAGGAAGUCUACAGUUAUACGGCUCUCCUAUAGGAGGACACCAUGCGACGAGGACUCCCAAUGUGGUGGUGACAUCGGUGAAUCAAAGAAAUAUGUCAUCCGACCCAAGGGAGGGAUGACGAUCCCAUCUGGAGGGGAAAAGCCCACACCCGGAAGAUGGUCACGGAUUGAUCCAUCCAUCUUCAAACUAAGGAGUGAAACAUUCCUCAGAGAUAAGAAAAAAUGUCCAGCUCCGAACUAUGCCGCAUACUACCCUAUAGGCGUUGACUUGUUUGCGAGCCCCAAGAAGGUUUCGCACAUUGCCGAACACAUUGAUCUUCCACAGUUCAAAUCACACCACAAGCUCCCGUCACUGUUGAUUGUCAACAUCCAGAUGCCUACCUAUCCUGCUGCUAUGUUCCUUGGGGACAGCGAUGGAGAAGGGUUCAGCCUUUGUUUAUACUUUAGACUCUCUGAGUACUUUGACAAGGAGGUUUCAGAGCAUUUCAAGGAAUCCAUCGUGAGAUUUCUUGAGGAUGAAUGUGAGAAGGUGAAAGGUUUUGCAUCAGAAUCUACAAUGGCAUAUAGAGAUCGGUUGAAAAUCAUGGCUGGAUUGGUUAACCCAGAUGAUCUUCAGUUGAGUUCCACAGAGAAAAAGCUUGUGCAAGCAUACAACGAGAAGCCAGUCCUUUCCCGCCCUCAACAUAGUUUUUAUGAGGGUGAGAACUACUUUGAGGUAGAUCUUGAUAUACACCGGUUUAGCUACAUCGCAAGGAGGGGAUUGGAUUCAUUUAGGGAACGCCUGAAGAGUGGCAUCCUUGAUUUGGGUUUGACAAUUCAGGCCCAGAAGCAAGAGGAACUCCCUGAGCAGGUCCUUUGUUGUGUUAGGUUGAACAAGAUAGACUUCAUAAAUCAUGGGCAAGUUCCAACGAUUGUCACAUCCGAUGAUAAGUGA